GAAAAACUGAACUCGUGAAAACCUGUUACCUCCAUUACUAUAGCUUCAAUGGGUUCUUCUAAGCGAUUGGCAAAACUCAUUUCCACCAUUGCUUUUUCCACUUAUUUCUUUAUCAUCAUUUUUCAACUUCCCAUUUUCAGUGUUCCAUGCCGAACCGGAAUCUGCAAGACACCAUUAGAAUUGACAUCUUCUCAAUUAAUUGCAAGUGAGGUUUUUCCUCUUUUCAUAGUGAAAGCUCUCAUCUACCCGGGAACAGUUGCAAAGGCUAUUUUCAAGCAGAAAACCAUCCCAAGUUACAGAAACUUGUUGCACAAUUUCAAUACAAGGACAAUCUCUGUUGAAUCGGAACUCCAACGCCUAGAGGUUCUUGCAGGAAGCUAUUUGUGUGUAGGAGGAGCAAUCUUGGGUCUGAUAAAACCAGGAAGAAUGGGACUUUUUGGAGUACUUCUUCUUUUGUUGGGUCUGAUCAGAGAACAUAUCAUGGGAAAAUCUGAUUUGGCUCAUGCAAAGGGUAUUCAAAUCUAUCCAACCAUUUUUAUUGCUCUAGUCUCAGCAUUCUUCUCCAUUAGAAGCGAUGUUAGAGCGAUAAUUCGUACCUUUAAUCUAAGGCGUGUUGGGAAGGCAAAACAUUACUGAAUGAAUGACAAAUUGAGAUUGGCAAACAUGCAUUAUGCACCUGCUUCAUCCAUCAUGUAAAAUGUUAGGAUGCUUGAACCUUACAUGAGUACACUGAAAGGUUGGUAGCUAGGAAUACUUCUGCUUACUGUUAAAGGCAAUUGCAAACACAGAAAUACUAGACUUCUUAAUCAUAGGCUAGCCAUCAGAGAAUAUACAUCAUUUUUUUCUCGGAUCAUUUGUUAAUGAGAAUGUGUUGGUAGUCAAUAUAUACAUAGCACCUGAUUCAACAGGGCACAAUUUUUAUAAAGUUUAUAAUGCAGCAGCUUAAUGUGCACUUUUA